AGUGGCCGAGCACACAGCCGUCACCUCCGCGCGCGGCAGCAUCUCACGGUCCGCGCUUGUCCUCGUUGAGUUUCGUCCUCCUUCGUCCGUCUCGUCUGUCAGUGUCCGUCGUCGUCGAGGAAAAUGUCGUCCCUCCAGUCGGAUUUCGAGAAGAGGAAGCAGAUCAGUGUCCGCGGCAUCGCCGGCGUCGAGAACGUCCAGUCGGCCAAGACGACCUUCAACCGGCACCUCCACUACACCCUCGUCAAGGACCGCAACGUCGCCACCCCCAGGGACUACUACUUCGCCCUCGCCUACAGCGUCCGCGACAACCUCGUCUCCAGAUGGAUCCGAACCCAGCAGUAUUACCACGAGAAGGACCCCAAGCGGGUCUACUACUUGUCACUAGAGUACUACAUGGGCAGAACUCUUUCAAACACCAUGAUCAACUUAGGAAUUCAAAGUGCUUGCGAUGAGGCUAUGUAUCAGCUUGGAUUGGACAUAGAAGAAUUGCAAGAACUUGAAGAAGAUGCUGGACUGGGAAAUGGAGGUUUGGGUCGUCUUGCAGCCUGCUUCCUCGACUCCAUGGCCACCCUUGGAUUAGCAGCUUACGGAUACGGUAUUCGUUAUGAGUACGGUAUCUUUGCUCAAAAAAUUGUCAAUGGUGAACAGACAGAAGAACCUGAUGAUUGGUUGAGGUUCGGCAAUCCAUGGGAGAAGGCUCGUCCAGAGUUCAUGUUGCCUGUCAACUUUUACGGCAAAGUUGAAGAUACACCCUCAGGAAAGAAAUGGGUCAACACUCAGGUUGUUUUCGCUAUGCCCUACGACAGCCCAAUUCCAGGCUACCAAAACAACAUCGUCAACACCCUGCGACUGUGGUCUGCAAAAUCACCAGUUGAAUUCAACCUCAAAUUCUUCAACGAUGGUGAUUACAUUCAAGCUGUCUUGGACAGAAAUCUUGCUGAGAACAUUUCUCGUGUAUUGUACCCUAACGAUAACAAUUUUGAGGGCAAGGAAUUGAGGUUGAAGCAAGAGUACUUCAUGUGCGCUGCUACAUUACAGGAUAUCAUCCGUCGCUUCAAGGCAUCAGACUAUGGCUCAUCGAGCACCGUGCGAACCUCUUUCUCAUCGUUCCCAGAUAAAGUUGCCAUCCAACUGAACGACACCCAUCCCUCCCUCGCCAUCCCAGAGCUGAUGCGGAUUCUGAUCGAUAUAGAAGGACUGUCGUGGGAAGCUGCUUGGGAUAUAACAGUCAGAACGUGUGCUUACACAAAUCACACUGUUCUGCCCGAAGCUCUUGAAAGAUGGCCGUGCGGCAUGCUUGAGCACAUUCUUCCAAGACACAUGCAGAUAAUCUACCAUAUCAACUUCCUUCAUUUGCAGCAAGUGCAGGCUAAGUUCCCAGGAGACAUGGAUAGAAUGCGCAGGAUGUCUCUGAUUGAGGAAGAUGGAGAAAAGAGGGUGAACAUGGCUCAUUUGUCUAUUGUCGGAUCUCAUGCUGUGAACGGUGUUGCAGCUAUCCAUUCUGAUAUCAUCAAAAAAGAUAUUUUCCAUGAUUUCUAUGAAAUGACCCCCGACAAAUUCCAGAACAAAACUAACGGUAUCACCCCAAGACGGUGGCUCCUCCUGUGUAACCCGGCUCUCUCUGAUGUCAUCACAGAUAAAAUCGGUGACUCAUGGAUUACUCACUUAGAUCAUCUUAAACAAUUAAAAGCUUUUGCCAAGGAUCCAAGUUUCCAGCGUGCUGUACAAAAAGUGAAGCAAGAAAACAAACAAAGACUGAUUACAGAACUUGAAAAGGCUUAUAACGUUAAAUUAAAUCCUGCCUCUAUGUUUGAUGUUCAGGUGAAACGUCUGCAUGAAUACAAACGUCAAUUGCUGAACUGUCUUCACAUCAUAACUAUGUACAACCGUAUUAAGCGUAAUCCAACCGGCAAGUUUGUACCUCGCACUGUGAUGAUUGGAGGAAAGGCGGCUCCUGGUUAUUAUACUGCAAAGAAGAUCAUCAAGCUGAUCAACUAUGUAGGAAACGUAGUCAAUAAUGACCCUGUUGUGGGUGAUAAACUGAAAGUCAUUUUCUUAGAAAACUACAGGGUCACAUUAGCUGAGCAAUUGAUCCCCGCCUCUGAUCUGAGUGAGCAGAUCUCUACCGCUGGUACAGAAGCUUCAGGCACUGGUAACAUGAAAUUCAUGUUGAAUGGUGCUCUGACAAUUGGAACCCUCGAUGGUGCUAACGUAGAAAUGGCAGAGGAGAUGGGAAAUGAAAACAUCUUCAUUUUUGGAAUGACAGUUGAUGAGGUUGAAGCGCUCAAGAAGUCCGGUUAUGAUGCCUACAAAUAUUACAAUGCGAAUCCGGAGCUAAAGCAAUGCAUUGACCAAAUUCAAAACGGUUUCUUCAGUCCGAACAACCCAUCUGAAUUCAAGGAUAUUGCUGAUAUUCUUCUGAAAUGGGAUAGGUUUUACUUAUUAGCUGAUUAUGCCGACUACAUCAAAGUUCAAGACAAAGUUAGUGAAACAUACUUCAACCAAAACAAAUGGGUAGAGAUGGCAAUCCACAACAUUGCGUCAUCAGGCAAAUUCUCAUCAGACCGCACCAUUGCUGAGUACGCACGAGAGAUCUGGGGUGUCGAACCCACAUGGGAAAAACUGCCUGCGCCCAAUGAGCCAAGAGACCUCUCAGGAAAGUGAAUUAGGAGCCUCAUGUAAAAUAUAUACAUUUUUUAUGAAUUUUAAUUUUAUUUUAAUUGUUAUUUGUAAAUGUGGCAAUUUUUUAUGAAGUUUUUAUUCACAGGAUUUGAUUGAUGUUGCCUUUUUCCGUGCUGUGCUAAAUUUAAUUGUUUGUUGAAACUUUGGUCUCUGAAAUUUUCCUUGUUUUUAGUUUACAUUAAGCAAAUUUCAAUGCAUUGGUCCUCAGAAGUUAAAAGAUUCUAGCCCAAGUCAAUUGAACACUGCCAUAAAACAGAAUAUAACUUCGAAUUGAUGCUUAAAGAAUUGAGAGUGCCAUAUUGAAGAGACUGAGGAAACUGUACUUUUUCAAAGUUCAAAAUAGGUGUAUCUAUCUCCGAAAAAUAAGAGACCCUCAAGUUUUAUUUUUAUUUGAAAAAGUUGUCAUUUAAAAUGAUCUGUGUUGUACUUAUUUUUAUUUGUAGAUCUUUUCUCGGCCAAAGCUUAAGUACUUUUCUACAAUAAGUUCUAGUCCUGUUAAGUUUUACUUACAAUUUAUGUCAAUUAAUAAUUACAAUCCUCUUAUUUUCUCUUCUGAUAAAGAAUUUUUGCUGGCAAGACAUAUUUGCACUAGCUACCCUUACCACUAUUUUCCCAUAAUUUUAAUUUUUUUAUUAUAUUUUAAAUUGUUUAUCCUAAUUUUAUUUUUAUUCACCUGUAAUGUGUGGUUAACAACCAUUCAGUCGUACUUAUUUAUUUAUUAAUUUUCUCAAUCUGGAGAGGUUUCAGAUUUGUUUUGUAAAAUUUUUAUCACUGUCUCGCUCGCCAUGUGAGCAAACUAACAUCGUUAGAAUUGAAAUUUUUAAAGUCAUAAACAGGUUUAUUAAUA